UUCUCUGAAAAUAGAAAGAUAUUCCGUGAAGUGCUCCAGAUAAACCUGAAAAAAUGUCUCUUCAAAUAUUUACAUAACUCUUUUCGCAAUUAGGUGCGCAAUUUAUGCUGUAAUACUGAAAUUUUCGCAACGUCUAUUUGAGCUGAGGUUAAAAAUGUGCCAAAAAUAAAAUUCAAUGCAAAUCGCAGGCAAAUCUCUACUUAAUUUGUGCUUAAUAUGCAAACAAGACCGUAAAAUGCGGGAUUAUGUUAUUGUUUACAGUUGUCACGUUGUUUUGAAACGAAAUAUUUAGAAGUUUUUCCUGUGCGGAGUGUUAAAUUUAGGAUUAUAUAGCCUUUGAAGUGGAGAGAAAAAAAAUAAAAGGAAAAUAUUCAAACAGUACAUACAAUGUUUAUUUUUCUGCGAAAUUAGCACUUUGCUUGAACAAUUAGAACCGCAGCACUGUCGAACGGAAUGGUUCAUCUGAUUUGGACAUGGAGUUUUCAGUCUCCAGGAAAAUCAUCGUUGCCCUAAUUAUUCUGGCAGCGAUUUCCAUUUACAUAACUUUCACAUUUAACUCUUGUCUGGUUUCGAACAUAUCAAAUCGUGUCCCAAAGUGGCGGCGUACUUCUGUAGUGAACGAAAUACCUCUAAUUCAUUAUACCUCUUCUGUACGAGUUGUUUCACUUUUGGAAGGCAAUGAGACAGACCUGUCUCCAAAAUAUAAGCUUUUCAAAGAGCAAGGUCUUAGACCGGAGAGACAAUUACCAGAAGCAUUAAUAAUUGGUGUAAAAAAAGGUGGCACUAGAGCCCUUCUGGAAUUCAUCCGGAUACAUCCAGAUGUGCGUGCCGCGGGCAGCGAAGUGCAUUUCUUCGACAAGAACUACCACAAGGGGUUUCAGUGGUACAGGGAGCAUAUGCCCCCCACUUUGGAGGGGCAGCUGACCAUAGAAAAGACGCCUUCGUACUUUAUCACCAAGGAGGCCCCAAGGAGGGUUCAUAUGAUGAAUCUUUCUACCAAGUUGUUGGUGGUAGUGAGGGAUCCAGUGACAAGGGCUAUUUCCGACUACACUCAGGCCGUCUCGAAAAAACCCGACAUGAAAUCCUUCGAAAACCUGGUUUUCAUCAACGGAACCGUAGGAAGCAUAGUCGACACGUCCUGGGGCCCAAUCAAACUAGGGCUGUACUACAAAUACUUGACGCGCUGGCUCAAAUUCUUCCCCCUCUCCCAACUGCUGUUCAUCAGCGGCGAAAGACUUAUUCAAGACCCAGCGAUCGAGUUAAAAAGGGUUCAGGAUUUCUUAGGUCUGAAAAAAGUCGUUACGGAGAAACAUUUCUACUUUAAUAGUACUAAGGGGUUCCCUUGUUUGUUUAAGAGCGAGGGCCACAGCGCGCCCCAUUGUCUGGGCAAAACUAAGGGCCGGAGUCAUCCCUACGUAGAUCCUUUGGUUUUACAAAGGCUCAGGGAUUUCUAUAGGCCGUUCAAUAUGCGGUUCUACCAGAUGACCGGUAUUAAUUUCGGUUGGCCGUGAAUUUUGGCCAGUUAUUAUUUCGUAGGGAUGUGUAAAAAUAUCGAUUUUUUUUUGUAAAAAAUCGAUAUUUAGAAAAUAAUAGUGGCCAUAUCGACAUUUACUUGAAAAUGUCGAUAUAUUGAAUAUCGACAUUUCUUCAAAAAUAUUUUAAAUAACUAUCGAUAUACCUACAGCAAUAUCGAUAUUUUGCGAUUAAAUUCCGGUAAUUUCUUUGUUAUUAAAAAGUUUUUUCUUAUAGGAUGAACAUCUUAUAAAGUUUAAUAUAAUUAGAAUUACAAAUAUAGUUCAUUUCGGCCAUUUAUUAUUUCGUAGGGAUGUGUGAAAAUAUCGAUAUUUUUUAAUUAUCGAUAUUUUCAAAAUUAAGGUAGCAAUAUCGAUAUUUACUUGAAAACGUACGAAAUAUCGCCAUUUUUCGAUAUUACAUAAUAUCGAUAUUUUAAAUAACUGUCGAUAUAAAGCAAUAUCGAUAUUUUUUCGAUAAAAUCCCGGUAAUUUCUUUGUUAUUAUAAAGUUUUUUUCUUAUAUAAUGAAUAUAUCUUAUAAGGUUUAAUAUGAUUAGAAUUACAAAUAAAGUUUAUUUCGGCCCUUUAUUAUUUCGUAGGGAUGUUCAAAAUUAUCACUUUGUUUCAAUAAAUAUCGGUAUUUUCAAAACUGUCAUCAACAAUUACUCUAAAAUGUCGAUAUAUUAAAAUAUCGAUAUUUUUUCGAUAAUAUCCUUGUCUUAUCCGUAUUUCAUUGUUUUUGGAUAGUUUUUCUUCCAGAUUGAGCAUCUUUUAAGAUUAUAAUUACAAAUAAAAUUAAUUUUGGCCAUUUCUUAUUGGGUAGAGACGUUUAAAUGUUUCGAUAUAUUAAACUAUCGAUAUGUCCUCCUAAAAACUUCGAUAGGUAUAUUAAAAUAUCGCUAUUUUUUGGCCACUUACUAUAUGUCAUAGGGAUAUCGCUAAAUAUCGAUAUAUUGAAACAUCGAUUCAUGGGUCAGGUAUUUUUUUAAAUAUGUCGAUAUAUUGAAAUACAAAUAUACAUUUUUCAAAAAUAAACUAUCGAUAUAUAGAAUUACCCAAUGACAUUAGAUCAUUGAAAAUAUCGAUAUUUUGAAUAAUUUACUUUAUUAUUAUUAUUAUUGAUUGAAUAAUUUACUUAAUUUAUUAUGUCAAAUAACAGCUAAAAAAUGGAUAUAUCAUAAUAUCGAUAUUCUUCCAAAAAAUAUAUCAAAAUAUCGAUAAUUUUGCGCAUAAUCGGCUAUAUAUCGAUGUUUUUUAUUACAAUGGUCAUAUUAUGUUUUGUAACCGUAUUAUUUGUAUUGUUUUUUUAUUGUUCUUUUUAGUAUGGUUAUCUUUUACUACUUAAUAAGUUUAGAGUAACAGUGACGUCACGAGAGUAGAGUUGUAGGUAUUUAAUCUGAGGGUAAAGAAUAAAGAAGACACAAAUUAUAGUUUGUGUAUUGGAUAUAUUCAAUGUUAUCAGCUUUGUCUUCUUUAUUUUUUAGCUUUGUUUAGUUCACUUACAAAAAAUAACAUGGCAGUACUAUAAAAAUUAAUUCCAUACACCAUUUUUUCCGAUACUUGCCAAAAAUAAUGUAGAAAGAGUAAUAGAAACAAAGAAUACGAAGCUUUAAUAUACCUAAAAGUAGACUAUAUACUAAUAGAUAUUUGUAGAUAUUUUCUAUACACUGCUGUAAAUAUUUGUUUGUUUUUUUUUGGAAAAUUUUCACUUUUUUUGGUUUGUUAAGUUUAAAUUUUAGUCUAAAAAAUUUGUGAAGUUUGGUUGUUUUAUUUGUUAAUUUUUUUGAAUACGUGCAUAUAGUUUAUUAGGUAUAUAAUAAUAAUGUAGUUAGGUCUAAGAAUUGCUCAAAAAUAAUAUUAUAGCGCAUUUAAACAUGUCCAAAGAAUUCUCAGUGGUCAGUUAAGCUUUUCAACUUUACCAAAUAUAUACAGAAUAUUUUUUCUUCCAGUACCUUUACCUAGUUUAGAGAGUUGCAUAAUGCCAUAUUAUGUAGAAUCCUCAGAGAGAUAAGUAAACCUAGAAACGCUCCAACAGGAAUAUAAACUGGAAUUUAUAUUCUUGAAUAUAAAAUGAAAUAAUUUAUAACCCCUCUAGAUAUACUUAUUUCUCUGAAACAGAUUCUCUAUACGUUUUUAUUUCUAUGUUAUUAAUACAAUUUUGAUGCCAUGUAGGUAUUUAUAACGCAGUACAAAUUUUACACGAGUACUUAAUACUUUUAAAAAGCCAUUUUAUAGAUAAGUUUGUUGUUUUUAAUGCUUGUUAUUAAUAUACAGGGUGUCCUAGUCUUUUUCUAGAAGUAUUAGGAAUGUAUACUUGCGUUUUAACAUCCCUGUGUGUUACUUUAUUAGUAUUUUAGACCGUUUUCUUGUAUUUUCUGAUUUUUAUAAUUUUUAAUAAAAGCAAA